AUCUGAGUGAAAUAUGAGAAGAUCCUCUUUUAAAUUGAGCAAUUGAAAAUGUAAUGCGCCAUUUCCGAAUGUUCUGAAGCAGACACGUUUCCUUCAGUGUUAGAAGUACCAACAUAUUUAUGUUUAAAAUAGCGCACGUUUAUAACCUCAUUCUUCAGAGAAAGGGCUCAAAUUGGAGAAUCCUGAAAGGACAACAAAACCAAAGCAAGCACUGAAGUCUGUUAUCUUGUGAUUAGAUAACAUGGUAAUUUUAAACCUCACAGAGCAAUUUUAUAAAAGUAAAUCUUUAAAACAGUGUUAAAGAAUCCUCAUGCAUCCAUCCAAAACAGGUAAUCCUGUCAAAUCAUGUAACAUUUGUAAGUCACCCUGGAUAAGGACGUCUGCUAAGACAUAAAUAAUAAUAAUCAAAGCAGGAUAUCAUUGAUGGUCCUACACGUUAUAGACCAUUUCAUGGCAGGUAUUUACUCCCAUCCUAUAUGUAUAUUAAAAUCAUUGAGGUCGUAUGAAAGUGCCUGUUGUCUCCAGAAAACUACCUACCCUAUCAUAAACAACUGUCACGCAGACGUCACCGCGUAAAUGCAUACGCACGUAAGUGUAGAUCGAUGUAUAUAUAGCGUUCAAAGCAACUGUACAGGUUGAGGGUUAGCACAAGCAAUGGUGUUGUAUGAAUGAGAGCAACCCGGUGCUGCGAAAUGCGUUUGAUUAGGUUUUAAAGUAAAUGUUAUACAACGAUGUCUAAUACUACCAAAGCAUUGAUUGGUGGAAGCGUUUUUAUUUAUCUUUCUAAAAAACGAUUCCCACUGUCCCAUCAAUUCGGAAAACAGACACAGAAACUUAAAACAUAUCUAAACAUGGUCCUGACAUUAAUAUUAAGUUUUUUGUUUUGUUUUUCAUACACUUAUACAUAUGCUUUGUUUAAUUAGUUGACAUUAUGUGUUCUUUACAUCAAUAAUAAUAUACACUAUACAUUUGCUCGUCGCGUUUGCUAUUACCUGUACCGUAGAUCUGAGCGCAUUUAUUUUUUGUAACAAAAUAACAUUUGUGGGCGGUGUAACAGGUUGCAAUCUGUAUUUGUAAACUCUGCCUCCGAUACCGUUUACGUGCGCUACAGCUGAAAAGUACCCGGAUGUCGAGGACGUCACAGGUUUUACAGUAUUCAAAAGCCAUCUUUGUUAGCUGCUGUAGAAGAGCGAGAGUUGUUUUACUGUGUUAGAGGCGGCGUCAAACUAUCUAACAACAAGAGAUGUCAGCUCCAGCCCCCACACAAGGACCCCUCAGUGGGUCAGCCAAUCCAGAGACUGGGGGUCCCCCCCCACCACCUAACACCACGAGCAACCGUCGGAUCCAGCAGUCCCAAGCACAGGUGGACGAGGUGGUGGAUGUGAUGAGAAUGAACAUGGAGAAGGUCAUGGAGAGAGACACAAAGCUCUCCGAGCUGGAUGACCGCGCUGAUGCUCUCCAAGCUGGGGCCUCCCAGUUCGAAACCAGUGCAGCCAAACUGAAGAGGAAGAACUGGUGGAAAAACUGUAAGAUGAUGAUCAUUCUUGGAGGGGUUUGUGCAAUCAUUCUAAUUAUCAUCAUCAUUUAUUUCUGCACCUAAAGAGGAGAGGGAGUGACAAUGCAGAAGACCCUUGUUUUCCUUGGACCGUACCGUUUCUACAUACUGACCUCUGCAUACAAGUCCCGUGGUUGUUUUUAUUUUGCUUGUAAAUAAUGUCAUCUGAUGGAAUAGCGUGGUCAUCAUUACUGUUAUAUAAUGAGAAUGAUCUGUUUCAGCUAUACCAGCUAAAUACUGCCAAGUGUUCCUUUAUCAUUGCUUGUCUGUCAUGUGACAAGUAGCACCCCUUCAGAAUCCUCCAGUCUGUUUGCCAAGCAAAGAUAUUAAUGGCUACAGUGUUUCCAGAAGGUGACAGAAAUACUGCUUUGUAAUCGGAGUAGAUCCGUGUCCCGUAAUGUCAUUUUAACGUAUCUAUUCCUGAUGUGAGUGGUUGUUUUACAUGUAAAUUCACUGAAUGUCUGGGUUUUUUGUUGUUGAUUUGGUAUUGGUGGCACAUACGGUCUUCUUGUUUACAAAGACAGAGCAUUAAAAUAUUAAGGGGAAUGUAAACCUGUGUUUCAUACUAACAAUAUAUAGGACCUGUCUAAAGCCUUAAAGCAUAUUGAAGUGCCAAUAGUUUAUUGAGAUUGGGGCCAGUAAAAUCCAGUUAGUUAAAGAAAAUGCAAACUACUGUAAGUCAACAGUAUAUUUACAAAGUACCAUAUAUUGUAUAUUUGCUCUUUAUUUUUGCAAAUGGGAUCUUCAGUCGAGUUUACCAAACCCAGAUUUAAAUAGACCCAGAUUGCAAGUGCAUUAGCUGAAGAACAGCAUGCGGUUCAUAUUGGGAAUGAAAGCAUGUACUGUUCCAUAAUGUAGAUUUCUGCCUCAAGCAACAUUCCGCAUUCUAUUUUCUUGCAACUGCGGCUCUGUCUUGUAAAAUAGUGCCACACUCUAGCAGUGCCUUGUAUUAGUCUCACAACAAGGCUUCACAGUGCAGCGAUCUGUAGCUUAAGCGCCAAGUGCAUUCACUAGUGAUACAUGUUUUUGUAAAUGUGGUGGUGUUGUGCCUUACACUUCUUAGAUUGUUUAAUAAUAAAAACGUGGCUGUCCAGUAUGAUGAGUACAGUCACGGGAACUACAGUGUUAUUCACUGGGACUAUGAUAGCUUUGUAAUCACCUGAGAUAUCUCUGAACCAAAACAGCAUGUCAAAGCACAAAUAUUUAAACAAUGAUUCAAAUCAUAGCCUUCCUUUACAAAACGAACUGAGCAACGCUUCACUGACAGUGACAGCAGUUACACGCAAAGUUCAACAGUAUGUAAGUGCAUCGGAAAUAUAGUAUCGGGUGCUGUGUACAGGGCGUGUUUAACCCCUCAAGGUCAGAGCUGCCAGUAAACCCACGCACGGUUUGCUCUGCCCUCUUCUGGGGUGAAUAUCUGUGUAUCAAACACCACCCUGUAUGAUAUUCUACAUUUAUUUUAGGAAUCUCAAAUAGUUUGAACUAAACAACAAACAGUAGGAUGUCUAAUCUAGUUUACCAUUAAAAAAUAAAAAUAAAAAAGUGGCAUGUGUUUAAUUAUUUCCACAGUGUAGUUCCCAUUGAUUGUAUUCUGCUGUCAACUCAUUUGGCUAAAAGUAUUUUGAUACGUCUCAAACUUUUUAAAUCUUUCAAUAUCCUUUAUUGCAACUUUUCUGUAUUACCAGAGUUAAUUGCCUAUGUCUGUUAAGCACAAGUAGAAUAAUGAGACAUUAUAUUAAGAGUAUACAAAAAACAAGCAUUCCAAGUUGUUUUCUACUGAAUAAAAAUGCCUUUGCCUAAUUUGCGUCUUAAUGGAGCUUCUUACUUGUGAAGACCAAUGGUAUUGUGUAAGUGCCCCUGCUGGAGGUCAGUUCAAGGUCAUUCCCGAUUCUGUAAUGUUAUGUUUGGGCAUUGCAUGGAAGUACUUUGUUUAUUUACUGGAUUUUUUAUUUUAUUUUUUAUGUUGCAAUGGUGAUCCUGUUUACAGAGUUUAAUGUGCAUAUUAAUGUGCAAAUAAAAGUUUCAUUACAAAACAAAA